CUUUUUGGUAUGACAGUAUGUUAGCUGUCUGGUUUCAUAGUCCAGUUUUGGAGCUUUUCAGUGGCGUACUUUCGUUAAUUUACUUCACCGUCGAUUGUAAACUACUCCACUUUCACAUUAUGUGUGGUGUUAGUUAGGUAAGCGUAUAUGUAAGGAUGUACAGUGUUAGUUUGAGGUGAUAACGUUGGCUGAAAGUAUAGUUAGCUCUCCAGAGCCCUUUCGGAAGAGUUGUAGUUAUCGUUAGCUGUGUAGUUCACUGACCCUCGGCUACAUGGCCACUUAGCAACGCUGUUUUACAUCUCCACAGUCCGGGGAAGCGUCAGAACUUUAGGGCAUUACUGUUUUUAGCAAACAUGUCUCAACUCGUUGACGAUACCACUCCGUUGCUCGCGGAUGACGCAAGCAGGUGAGUGCAGAGUUCAAUGGACUUGACAGGUAACCUCUGUGACCUCAGCUGGGGUCGACACAGGGAGCUGCGGAGGAUCAGAUACUACCAACCCUGUACUGCAUGUGGUCUGUGCAUUAUGUAAACCAUGUGGGUCCCAUUGGUGUGCUGUUUAAAGGGCCUGUGGUGUUCGUGAGCCUGUAUAAAUAACCUCAAAUCACCUGUGCUGUCUUGUCACAUGGCCUGUGUACAGUGAUGACUCUCAGGAUGAAGAUUACAAGAGUCGGUGGAGGUCUAUCCGAGUCAUGUACUUCACCAUGUUUCUGAGCAGUGUCGAGAUUCUUGGCUGAUACUGCUGCCAGUAAUGCAAAAUUGAUGAUAGCGCCAAUGCCACUUUCCUGGGCUGGGUGGUGGCGGCCUACAGCGUCGGUCAGAUGGUGGCCUCGCCCCUUUUUGGCCUUUGGUCCAACUACCGGCCACGCAGGGAGCCACUGGUGUGCUCCAUCUUCAUCAACGUGUCAGCCAAUAUCUACUAUGCCUACGCAUACCUGCCGCAAACCAAUAACAAGUUCCACAUACUCAUGUCCAGAGCCUUCGUGGGCUUUGGAGCAGGUAAUGUGGCUGUGGUGAGGUCCUACGUGGCUGGAGCUACAUCACUGAAGGAGAGGACCAGUGCUAUGGCGAACAGCAGUGCCUGUCAGGCCCUGGGUUUCAUCCUGGGACCGGCUCUGCAGGCAUGCCUGUCGUUCAUUGGUGAGCACGGUGUGACGGUUCAGAUCAUAGACCUGCAGCUCAACAUGUACACGGCUCCGGCUUUCCUGGCUGCAGCUUUUGGCGUGGUCAACAUCCUGCUGGUUGUUCUGGUGCUGAGAGAGCACCGAGUUGAUGACCACGGAAGACACAUUCGAGCCAUCAACUACACAUCAGAAGACAGACUUGACGUUAGUGAAGAAACUGAGGAGACCAUCGAUCAGGUAGCGGUCCUGACUUCCAACGCCCUCUUCUUCAUCGUCAUGUUCAUCUUCGCAGUCUUUGAGACUAUUGCCACCCCGUUGUCCAUGGACAUGUUUGCUUGGACGAGGACAGAAGCUGUGUUAUACAAUGGCAUCAUCAUCUGCUGCAUUGGAUUUGAAUCCAUACUGGUGUUUAUAGUUGUAAAAGUGGCUUCUCAAAGGGUCGGGGAUCGUCCUGUGUUGCUAGCAGGCUUGGCCAUUAUAUUCUGUGGCUUCUUUAUUCUGCUUCCAUGGGGAAAUCAUUACCCUAAAAUCCAGUGGGCAGACCUGAAAAACAACUCUUUGGUCAGUCAGAUUUCUAAAGCCACUAUAGCCUCCAACAGCUCCUCAGAGCCAACAGGCUGCCCGUAUGAACAGACCUGGUGCCAGUAUACCCCCGCCAUCCACCUGGCCCAGUACAUCUCAGCUGACAUCCUCAUCGGGGUGGGAUACCCAGCCUGCAACGUGAUGUCCUACACACUGUAUUCCAAAAUCCUCGGACCCAAACCUCAGGGUGUGUACAUGGGGUGGUUGACAGCCUCAGGGAGCGGGGCACGGACAUUGGGCCCGGUCUUUGUCUCCCAGGUCUAUACCAUCCUGGGACCCCGCUGGGCCUUCAGUCUCAUCUGUGGUAUGGUGGUAGGCGCCAUCGUCCUCCUCAGCUGUCUUUACCACAGACUCAUCGCGUUUUCUGUACGCCACGGAAGGGCUGAAGAAUAACAAGUCAAGAUUCACACUGGGGAGACUGAUGGCUGUUUUUAUUCUCAAAGACUUCAAGCCAGAACUGCUGUAACGACAGCUCUAUUGCUGUUACUUACUUUAUAAUGUAGGAACUGAUAAGCCUCCUAUGAGAGUUAGUGACUCAGGAUUGAUCUUUAAACUCUAAGGCGAAGAGAUAAGACCGGGUUAUUACUCAUGACUUGACCAAAGAUUGCUGCUUCGUUAACAGGGAGCUACCACUGCGGCAGCACUUUUACUCGUGUGAAAGAAGCCACGUGACGCCUUUUUCAUAAUCUUGUAUGGCAUCGCCUCGUAUGAGGUGGGUCCAUGAUAUCAAACUGAUAAUGAUUUUAAAUCGAGUUACUAAAUAUUUGUUACUGAAAGCUCAAGUUUUAUGUAUUUGCAUUAUUGGUCACAAAGAUCAAUUAAUAAUAAUUUUAAUACACAGACUACUUCAGCAAAGCCCCAUGUCUUUGCAUUAAAUUCUAAUAUUAAUUUGUGAAAUCUACAAGCACAGGAGCAACCAUGACCUUAUUGAAGGUACUUGAAAACAAAUCCUAUCAAAUUGUUUGAUAUUUAGUUUGUCAUUUGUCAUUCAUUGGACAUUGUGACGUUCCCUGUACUUUAUAUACUGAUUGAACAUAUUUUGAAAUUGUUAUUUUGCUUUUAAAGUGGAGAAUAUGAGAAAGGUUCAGUUCAGUUUUAUUUUGCAAUGAUUGUUGUUGUGCCCAAUGUGACCCUUGAAAGAGAAGCAAACAUUGCGUAAAUGGUUUAAAUGAAACAUUUCCAGUGACACAUUUCCACAUUCAGCUGUUUUCCUAUAAAGAAUAUAAUGAUGUUAUAUUUUUAAAAUAUUGUUCCUAUUUCCGUUAAAGGCUCCACUUGUGGUUGUUUCAGACUACAGGUUGUUGUCUACCUGAAAUCAUUCAGAAAGAUAUGUGUGAAUGUGUGGAUGCUAAUGAUUUUGAGUGAUGCAUUAAACAUUUAAUGUGA